AUCUGCGGAUCUGAGGGGAACAAUGAAGGAACAGAGUCAGUGCGGCUGUGAGAUCGAUAUGUUGUAGCGUGAGGAUGAAUAUGUUAAGGCUGGAGAGGGUAAACGCAGCCUCAGUCACUCAGCAGCCGCCGGUUGGUUCCUGUCGCACAGAGUUUGGAGAGGACGGAUUCACGGGGACAGACGGACAUGGCACCCUAACAUCCAUGGAGAGAUUUCACAAUGAGAGCCACAACCACGACCAGGAUCCCCGCGUGGUCACGGCGGGAGCGGACAGCCCCGCGCCGGGUGGAGGUGUCAGUCUCCGCGCGCUGACCGGCUGCGUCCUGUGCGUCCUGAUCGUCUCCACCCUGCUGGGGAACACCCUGGUGUGCGCCGCCGUCAUCAAGUUCCGCCACCUGCGCUCCAAAGUCACCAACGCGUUCGUGAUCUCUCUGGCGGUGUCCGACCUGUUCGUGGCCGUGCUGGUGAUGCCCUGGAGGGCGGUGUCCGAGGUGGCCGGGAUCUGGCUCUUCGGCCGCUUCUGCGACACCUGGGUGGCCUUCGACAUCAUGUGCUCCACCGCGUCCAUCCUCAACCUGUGCAUCAUCAGCAUGGACCGCUACUGGGCCAUCUCCAGCCCCUUCAAGUACGAGCGCAAGAUGACGCGCAGGUUCGCCUUCCUGAUGAUCGCCGUGGCGUGGACCCUCUCCAUCCUCAUCUCCUUCAUCCCCGUGCAGCUCAACUGGCACCGCGCGCACAACUCCACGGCGGGCAACCCGGACGACUGCAACGCGAGCCUGAACCGGACCUACGCCAUCUCCUCGUCCCUCAUAAGCUUCUACAUCCCCGUGGUGAUCAUGGUGGGCACGUACACGCGCAUUUUCCGCAUCGCGCAGACACAAAUCCGACGCAUCUCGUCUUUGGAGAGGGCGGCGGGGCCCCGUGCGCAAAACCACCGCCACCGCGCGUCGACGCACGACGAAAGCUCGCUGAAGACCUCGUUCAAGAGGGAGACUAAAGUUUUAAAGACUCUGUCCAUCAUCAUGGGGGUGUUUGUGUUCUGCUGGCUGCCGUUCUUCGUCCUGAACUGCGUGGUUCCGUUCUGCGACCUGGACCAACUCGGAGCGCCGCCGUGCGUCAGCGACACCACCUUCAGCAUCUUCGUGUGGUUCGGCUGGGCCAACUCGUCCCUGAACCCGGUCAUCUACGCCUUCAACGCCGACUUCAGGAAGGCCUUCUCCACCAUCCUGGGCUGUAAUAAGUACUGCUCCACGUCCGCGGUGGAGGCGGUGGACUUCAGCAACGAGCUGGUGUCCUACCACCACGACACCACCCUGCAGAAGGAGGCCUGCGCCGUGCCGGGUCCCGGGGCGGCGCAGAGGCUCCCGCCGCAGACCGGAGGGAACCUGGAGCAGAACUUCGACAAAGUUUCAGUGAUUUCGGAUGAUUCCCGCCCCCGCAGCAACCUGCUGCUUCCCGCCAUCCUGCAGUACGAGUGCGAGGCGGAGAUCUCUUUGGACAUGAUGCCCUUCAGCUCCUCCGGACCCGCCGACUGUUACGUGAUUCCGGGUCAAAUCCAGGACCUGUGAGCAGCCCUGCGUCAGUUUAAGUGGGUGACCUUUGACCCCCUGCUGACGAUGACGCCAUAAAGGUGUUUGAGUUAAUUCAACAAACUGCUUUUCUAUCAGAGAGUAAACUGAUCAAUGAACCUGUGAAUAUUGAUCAGAGUUUUUAUGAUAUUUUUAUAAAAAUAAUGUGUAAUAUAAUAUUAAUAUUCUUUUCUGUCAGAUUCCCUGUU